AAUCAAUCAACAGGACGCCUACCCAGAAAAAGGAACAACCUUGAUAUUGAUACUAUCGAUCCGUCGAUCCUUCAACCACAAAAAAAAACUCCCAUAAUUAAUUCGGAGGAAUAAAUCUGUUGAGCAUUUGUUUCUUCGUUCUUGCUUCUUCUACUGUGUUCUGAAAGAUAGAGACGGGGAAACAUAGGGAUUUGGGCACAUUGGAAGAGGAGUUUCGAGAGAGAUGAUGGGAUGGAGGCGAAGCAUGAGGAGCUGAGGGAGAAGGGAGAUGGCAAGGGCAGAGUGGGCGGUUGGGGGGAAUAGCAACGGGACGAGAGGGAAAUGGUGUUCUUACAAGCGAACGACAAUUAUUAUAUGUUCAAUCAACGUUGUGGUCACACUCUAUGUGCUUCAGUCUCUCUUCAAUUCUCUCUAUACGUAUCCCUACAAUGAUUCCCAAAGUGCUUUUAGGUAUACCCCAGAUCAGAUUAGGAAAAUGGAAGAAUCUACUCGAAUAAGGAAAGAAUCAGAACCUACAGAGCUUAUUAAAUUGGUAAGCCAAUUAAAGAAGGAAUUUUUAGUGGAAGAAAAGGUUGUGGAAGUUCCCCAGCCCUUGAAGCGGAAGAUAACAGAUGAGUUACUAGCAACUUUAAGAGGCUUGGAUGGCAAUGCAAAUACAACAAUGCAGAGAGAGGCAGUUGAAAGCUGGCGCGUGGCUAAAUUAAAAGAAGCCAAUGACAUUAUUAUCGGGAACCCAUCAACUGCAACUAUUAAACCAGAGGAAGCCAGAAUGCUUGCAAGAGUUUUGGAUGUCGAUUGGGUUGAGGUAUUAGAGGAAAUCGGUCUCUGGAUCCCUGCUGAUGUUAUUAAUAGGGAACACGAUGACAAGCCUGAAGGAGCGGAAUUAGAACCUGAAAUUAUAGCGGGGAAACGGCUUCCCCCUGAAUGCAACGCUGAACUUCAUACCGAUUAUGAUGGCGCUGCUGUGAGAUGGGGUCUUACCCACCAUAAAGAAUCUGCAUACGAGUGUUGUAGGGCUUGUGUGGAGCAGGCGAAGCGUGCGAAAUCGGGCGACAAGAAAUGCAACAUAUGGGUUUACUGCCCAGCGGAAAAAGGAUGCUACUCCCCCGAUAUUUAUCAACACAAACAUCAGGAAUGCUGGUUGAAAUACUCCGAGAAACCCAAAUUGAACUUCCAGCACCAGUAUUCAGAAGCUUAUAGAAACGCCCAUCCAAAUGCUCCAUUGAUCGUUCCAUGGAUGUCGGGAGUGAUGAGCGUAUAAUCUGGGAACUUCUAACGGAAGAGAAGCAGGAUCCUCGGGUGAAUCUGCAUAUAUCAUCACAAAGUGAAGAUCUGAUGUUGUAUAAGCCUCAGGAGAAUUUUGCAUUCCAUUUUCUGUCUGCAGCUGCAUUGUAUUGCUUCAUCACUUUUUGUUUAGAUGGACAUGGAUCAUACAUAUCAUUGGAUUGGCUAGAAUUCUUCUCCUAUUCUUGUUUCUUCUUCUGUGGAAAUAUUACUUAAUGCACUAAUGCUUAGUUUUACAAGGCAUUAAUGUUACCUGGAAUUUUCAAACCUUAAA